CAAGCUACCGGCGCCGAAAUUAGUGGAUUAUCGCGCCCUUAAUGGAUUUGAUCGGUUUUCGUUGGCCCAUCGUCGUCAUCUCCGCACGCCUUACCUAGCGCUUCCACCCGUAAGAUUCAUAAACUAUCCGAAAAUAGGAAUUCAUCCUAGGUAAUUUAAAUGUGACUCGAACCGUUAACAUUCCCAUUCAUCCCCAAUUAUUUUUAUUUAAUCUAAAAGAAAGAGAAUUGUCAUUGCAAAUCUGAAGGUUUCAAGCCCCAACAAGAGCCAACCAAUAUGGAUCUCCAAUUCGUGACCCUCGACGUCUUCACUUCCAAGCGUCUACAAGGCAACCCCCUGGCCGUAGUCACAGUGCCAGCAACGCUCAAGGACAAGCUCACCCAAGCAACAAAGCAAAAGAUUGCAAAAGAGUUCAAUCUCUCGGAGACCGUGUUCCUACACGAGGUGGCGGAAUCGGACCAAGAGCAGCAGAAACAGCGUGACAUCGACAUAUUCACCAUCGAGAGCGAGCUGCCCUAUGCCGGCCACCCUACCAUAGGCUCCGCUUUCCUUGUCAAGUACACCCUGUACCCGCAUGUCGACACGCUCGUCACCAAGGCCGGGCCCAUCGGCAUCGUCCCGCAGCCCGGCAACGCGAUCCGCGCGAGGAUCCCGCAUAACGUGCAUCUGCACGCCAAGACGCUUGUCGAUGUGCUCGGCUCUGACGACGCGACCAAGCAUCCUGGCUUGUCGCCCGUGCCGCAGAUCCGCGAGGCCGAGCUCAAGGCCCCUGCUUUUAGCGUGGUUAAGGGCAUGACGUUCGUGCUCGUGAAGCUGGCCUCGCUGGAGCUGCUGGCCCAGAUCACUACCGGACACAGGAUCGAUUUCGCCAAGUUGCCGAAGCCGCUGCUGGAUGAGGACUGGCGGGACAGCUUUGUCAGCAGGUAUUACUACGUGGAUAUGGGCGAGGAAGAGGGCGAGAGGAGUAUUCGUGCCCGUAUGGUUGAGCUGGGCUUCGAGGAUCCGGCGACGGGGAGCGCGGCCACGGCGCUGGGGUCGUACCUCACGCUGAAUGAGGAGAAGAAGGGGAGGAAGUUCAAGGUCACGCAGGGGGUGGAGAUGGGCCGGACGAGCAACAUUGGUGUUGAGACUACGACGAAGGAUUCUGGAGAUGGCUCUGUGGCGUUGGAGGAACUCUGGCUUGGUGGUACUGCGGUCGUGGUUAUGAAGGGGAAUUUGACGGUUGAUAUUUGACAAGCGCAUUUAGGCGGUUAGCUCAAUAGUUAUGUUUAGGGUUUAUGGGUAGUAGGCAUGAAUAGUCCACUUAACUACAUUCAUCAGCGAAGACAAUGGUAUUGGUUCACCUAUCUUGGAGGCCACUCCGAAACAAUAGCCAGAGCAAGUCACGAUGAAGAUGUACCAUGAUCAAAAAGGAGCGAAAUAUAAUCAUAGGCAGUAAUUUGCGGUCUUGCCGCAUUUUUCAUUGUGGGUAUAUGAAGGGAAUAAUCUCGUGGUAGCAACAGGGUAUCCCAUUUCAAGGAACCAGCUCGAAAU